AGCUGAUGCUUGUAAAUACGUUUAGUUGCCAGGAAGUAAACUAGUGUGCGUGCCAAGAUCGAAAAUGAAGGGACAAAACAUCUUCAAGCUAAAAUAAUCGCGCUUUUGAGAGUAUAGUAAAUCUAUUUUCAAGCUAGAAGACUGGAACGUAUCAACUUUGAACAUGGAUAUUCAUGAAAGAAGUCAACCAUGGGGGAAGUUAGUAAAAGUGGACACUGAAUCGGAAGUAUUGCUUAUCAACAGGGAAUGUACUGUCGGGCGAAGAAAAGGCUGUGAUCUUUCCUUUCCUGCUAGCAAACUGGUCUCGGGGGAUCACUGUAAGAUAGUCCAGGAUGAGAGAUCAGGGUUGGUGUGGCUAGAGGACAUGAGCACCAAUGGUACAGUGAUUAACAUGUCAAAGCUGGUGAAAAAGCAGGUUCAUAUGCUGCAGAAUGGAGACGUCAUCUACUUUGUGUACAGGAAAAACGAGCCAGAGCUAAAUAUUGCCUACAUAUAUCAGUCCAUAAAACCAGAGAGGACAUUCUCACAAGACUCAAUUUGCGACGCCACCAAAUGCUCAGAUAUGCAGCAGAAAGCCCAACCCUGCACUGUUCCAGCAGCAGUGUCUGUGGAGCCAUUCCUGGUUGGACCUCCAUGGGAACAGCCGGCCUUAGAGGAGCCCCAGCCCUCCACCUCCUCCCACCUCUUCCACACAUUCUCCCCCUCCACAGCAUGUUCUUCUGCAGCCUCCCUCCUGCACUCCUCUGCCCCAGGUUCCGAGGGUCCUAAAUUUGCUGCAUCCUCUGUAAGCAAGGCUGAGGAGCCCAAAUCUAACCUCCUCUGCUCAACAGACGUGCGACAGACUGAAGCCCAGAGCAGAGUCCCAAUGCUGGAAGAGGGGGACAUGGAGCCAGAGAGAAAGAGGAGGAAAACUGACGGUGCUGAUAAGAACUAUGAUUUUGGACUGCCACAUACUUCCAGUAUUGAGGUGGUGGGCCCGGGCCCAGCUAAGGGGACUCUUAUCACGGAUCUAUUGGGAAAAGCUGCCGUGACUGUGGAAGGAGCCACGACUGACAAAAUGGAGGAGUCCCUCACCUGUAUCAUCUGUCAGGACCUACUUCAUGACUGUGUCAGCCUGCAGCCCUGUAUGCACACCUUCUGUGCUGCGUGUUACUCUGGCUGGAUGGAGCGCUCGUCUCUCUGCCCCACCUGUCGCUGCCCCGUAGAGAGGAUCCGCAAGAACCACAUCCUCAACAACCUGGUGGAGGCCUACCUUAUCCAGAACCCAGAGAAGUGUCGCAGUGAGGAGGACCUGAAGAGCAUGGACGGCCAAAACAAGAUAACUCGGGACAUGCUGCAGCCAAAGAUUGAGCGUUCCUUCUCUGAUGAAGAGGGCAACUCUGAUUAUCUCUUUGAGCUCUCGGACAAUGACAGCGACGCCUCCGAUAUCAGCCAGCCCUUUGUGAUGUGCAGACAGUGUCCAGGCUACAGGAAGGAGGUUAGCCAGGUUCUGUGGGCCAUAGGGCCAGCUUCUCUAGGACCAGCCCCACCAACUCCUGAGGACAGGGCUGGGAAACCCCUUGGAGAGAGGCCAUCAACAUCAUCAACACGCUCUGACUUCCCCACUACAGCUCCUCGAGAGUACACGUGUCCUCCUCAGGGCAGCCAUGUCAUCUGCACCUGCUGCCUGCAGCCCAUGCCAGACCGCCGCACCGAACUCUCCUCUCAGCAAUGUGUGGCGUGCCAACGGCCCUUCUGCCACAUGUACUGGGGCUGCCAGAGGAUCGGCUGUCAAGGCUGCCUAGCAUGUUUCAAUGAACUCAACCUUACAGACAAAUGUCUGGAUGGUGUUCUGAACAGCAAUAACUAUGAAUCAGAGAUCCUCCAGAAUUACUUGUCAGCCAGAGGGAUGUCGUGGAGGGACAUGCUACAGGAGGGUCUUCGGGGCCUGCAACAGGGAACCUUCUAUCUCUCUGAUUAUCGCAUCAACAGUAAUGCCAUAAUGUGUUUCUGCUGUGGCCUGCGUGCCUUCAAGGAGCUGGCCUACAAAUAUAGACAGAACAUUCCUGGCUCGGAGCUCCCAGUUGCUGUGACGUCUCGGCCUGACUGUUAUUGGGGACGCAACUGCCGGACUCAAGUAAAGGCACACCACGCCACGAAAUUCAACCACAUAUGUGAGCAGACGCGUUUCAAGAGCUGAAGAGCCUUGUGGGUGACCUGCUAUGCAAGGCUCCUCUCCAAUCACUGGAGCAAAGACUGACUUCCAAGGAUCUCCUGUAUUACUCUCUGUCUCUAUACAAAGUGGUCCUUUUUUUCCUCCCUCCCUUAUUAAGCAGCUCUUUGCCCUGAGGUAAAGUGUCUCUUUCUUAGGUAAUAAAUUGUAGUUCCCUAACAGGUUCUAUAGACUUCGUAUUUGAUAUGCAGAAAUUACAAUCAAACUAUUUUGAGAAGACUGGCUAGGUAAUGAUUAGCCCAGUCUUAUAGGCAUAGUAGGGUGGGAUAGUACUAUGCACUCCACACAGUAGGGCCGGAUUCCCCUAUAUGAUGAUGGACUAAUAUCUUAUGAGGAAUAUGAUCAGCACCCUUCAUUGCAGUAUCGUGUUCUUUUGGGUACAUGAUCAUAUGACUAGUUUGAGGGAUAUAUAUUUUUUUAUUAAAUACACUGAGAACAAUUGAAAAUAAGAAUUUGUUCUUAACUGACUUGCCUAGUUAAAUAAAGGUAAAUAAAAAAUAUGUGUACUGUUACACACUGGAUGAAAUGGCAUCUUUUGUGACUGUAGCUUAGAAGGCAUAAAUAUAUUGAUAUUAGUAAGCCGUUGACACUUUUUCUAUUUCCGUGUGCCUGAGUAGUUGUCACCAAAAAAAGGAUGAAUUGAUUUUGUUUUUCUCUCUCAACUUGUGGUGUAGUGCUUUAGAUAUCUUGGAGAAUUCUGUAUUUGAAGGCUUCCUACUUUUGUGAAAAUACAGCCGCAAAUGGUGUUCUAAAUAGUAUUCAUAUGUUGGAACCUUCCCCCAAACCUACUAGGUAGAAUCACAGCUAUGUUGUCUAAAGACUUCAUAUGCAUAUAUAGACGUUGAGGCUUCUUGUGGUUUCUAUAUCUCUCUCACACACACAAGGAAAAAGUAUGUGAACCCUUGUAAAUACCAGGGUUUCUGCAUAAAUUCGGCAUAAAUUGGUCAUCUGAUCUUCAUCUAGGUCACAACAAUAGACAAACACAGUCUGCUUAAACUAACACACAAGCAAUUAUACAUCUUUCUUGAUCCCACCGUGUAAACAUUCACAGUGCAGGGUGGGAAAAGUAUGUGAACCCUUUGAUUUAAUAACUGGUUGACCCUCCUUUGUCAGCAAUAACCUCAACCAAAUAUUUUCUGUAGUUGCAGCAGUGGCUUCUACCGUGUUGUCCUCCCAUGAACACUAUUCUUAUUUAGUGUUUUAUGUUUUGUAGACAACAGAGAAGUUAGCAUGUUCCAGAGAUUUCUGUAAGUCUUUAGCUGACACUAGGAUUCUUAACCUCAUUGCGAGAGCACAGCGCAGAAUGCUCAAUCAUCUUUGCAGGAUGGCCACUCCUAGGGAGAUUAGCAACAGUGCUGAUCUUUCUCCAUUUCAUAGAUAAUUUGUCUUACUGUGGACUGAUGAACAUCAAGGCUUUUAGAGAUACUUUUGUAACCCUUUCCAGUGUUAUGCAAGUCAACAAUUCUUAAUCUUAGGUCUUCUGAGAUCUCUUUUGUUCAAGGCAUGGUUCACAUCAGGCAAUUCUUCUUGUGAAUAACAAACUCACAUGUUGUGAGUUUUUAAUAAGGCAGGGCAGCUCCAACCAACAUCUCUAAUCUCGUCUCGUUGAUUGGACUCCAGGUUAGCUGACUCCAAUUUAGCUUUUGGAGAAGUCAUUAGCCGAGGGGUUCACAUACUUUUUCCCAGCCUACACUGUGAAUGUUUAAAUGAUGUAUUCAAUAUAGACAAGAAAAAUACAAUGUGUGUUAUAAGUUUAAGCACACUGUCUAUUGUUGUGACUUUAGAUGAAGAUCAGAUCAAAUUUGAUGACCAAUUUAUGCAGAAAUCCAGGUAAUUCCAAAGGGUUCACAUACUUUUUCUUGCCACUGUAUGGAUGACAAAGAUAUUCAGUGGCACCAUUUUGAAUUCAGACAGCUUCCACAUAUUAAUAAGACGGUGCAAUUUGUGUUUAUUGGAAAAGGGAGGUUAUACUUAGUUUUGGGAAAAGGGGAUUUCUGCUGAGUUUCUUUGUAUUUCCCGACAAGGGCAAAAAGCCAUGUACAAGCUAAGCAUAAUAGGGCUGAGUGAGAAUCCAUGGGAUAGUUAGUUGUAUAGGAUUUCAGUUUGUCAGGCGGGGAUAAUGAGGGUUAUGUGUUGAAAUGUUGUUUUAUCUGAGGCUGGGAAAGGCAGGGGUGUUCAGUUAUAUGCUUUGCUCGGGAUAAUCAACGUAAAGCAGAUUUAUUUCUUUUUUCUUUUAAGUAGUGUAUUAGAGAAGCUUUCUCAGCUCUGAACUGGUAGUGAUGGCCAAUGCAGGUUUUUUGUUUGUUAGAAUGCACAAUGGUUGGUUAGACUUGGGUUCAGGGGGGUAGAAUUGUUCCUCCUUUUUUGCAUUGUUAGGUUAGUGGUGUUGGCUAAACAUGUUGAUUUAAGCCAACAACUUGAUCAUACUGGGUGUAUCAUACUUGUUAGUAAGGAUUACUAUUCUGUAUUGUUUUGCAGAACCCCCCCCCCCAGGUAGUAAUAUGUUAAACUUGACACUUCUGCUUUGUAUUCCAGUUAAUACGAUGAGUACAUGUUUUUGGACAUAUGUUGCCAUAUUGAAGUGUAACCUUGGAGCAUUUUGUAUCGAUCUUAUAACAAAGUGUUUAUUUUUUUGUUUUUGUUUUUUUUGCGCUGUUUAUUGUUUUGGUGAAACAGAGGAACAAAUGCCAUGGUUUGGUUAAACCUGAAUUGGUGCAACUUUCCUGUAUUAUGUUUUGAGGACAUACUACAUUGCCAUUUGAAUUCUAACUUGUUUAGGGUGUUUUCACUGUCAGACAAAGUGUUGCAUUUACACAGUACUCACUUGUCUCUUACCAUUAUCUUUAAAUUAGUGACCAAUCAUAUGAAAGUCUAAUCGGCCCAGUGUCUGCAGACCUUUUAGGCUAGCAAGAAUGCCCUGAUAUACUAUUUUCUUAUGUGCCCUUUUAUAUAUUAAAAAUAACUUGCGUUGUUAGUAGUGAAGGAAAGUACAGCAUUUUGGGGGGAGGGUUGGGGGUAUACAGUCAUUAAAGUGAAAAAAAUGACUUUGCAAGAAAUGAAAUGAAGAGGUUAUUCACUUUGAUCCAAUAUCUUGUGUAUUCUGUGUAAUUAAAAAAAAAAAUGUUUUGUUGAUUUUUGUAAAUUGUGACAUUAAAUUACAACAUUGAUUUAAUAUGGAAAAA